AUGUGGCAAAGUAUCGCAUCCUGUACCAAAGGAAAAGAUGUACCAUCGAAACAUUACAGCACGAUGCUGAAAGAUGACGUUUGCGCUGAGGAUGUCGAUUUGGGAAGGCCUUGCCUGUCGGUGAAUUGCAAAUGUUGUGGUUUCAAGCCUCAUCCUUGGAGGAAAGUUUGCGUUCAUUGCAAGUGUGAUCGUACGGAUCACCAAGCAACUUCACGUAAUCGUAAUCUUACUGCUUCUAAACGUAUCGGAAUAUCGUCACCAUCAAAAACAUCAUCAAUGGCAUUGGCACAAAUUACUGAUGGUCCUGAUGCCCCGGGUUCUAUAACUCAUGGUUAUUCAUGGGUACCACCAGGACUUAAUCGUCAUAAGGUGGAGGAAUAUAUGGCACAACUACCAAAUCAUGUCGUCCCGCGGGUUAAUAGUAAUGGUGAGAAGUUUCGUGAAAGGCAACUUAUGUUACAGUUACCGCGACAGGAUUUAUCAUUGGCAUAUUGUAAACAUCUUUCAAAUAAUGUUGAAAGGAAACUUUAUGAAGAAUUUAUCAAUGCACGAAAUGAAAUUGCUUUGGACAUUGGCUUCGUCUGUCCAAUUAUCCCAAAACAAAUGGAGUGUAAGAAAUGCCGUGGGGUAUUGGAAAGGAACGAAAUGGCUGUAAUAGCACCAAAAUUAGGUGAAAAUAGUGGCUGGCAUCCAGCUUGCUUCACGUGUGCUACGUGUGAGCAGCUUUUGAUCGAUUUGACGUAUUGCAUCAAAGACGGUGUCAUCUACUGUGAGCGACAUUACGCUGAACUUCAUAAACCACGUUGUAAUGCUUGUGAUGAAGUAAGUAUUUUUUAUUAUUCACCAAUUUUAGAUUUUUAA